UUUGUAACUGGGCAGUGUCCUGGGCCAACCAAUAGCUACGACCGAACCCCCACCCAUCGCAGCCUCCCUAACCCUGGGGGACUAGCCGCUGAGUCGGCCCGAGGCAGCGCAGCGAUCGGAACUUAGGAGCAGGUCCGGGCUGAAGUCGCCUCCCAGAUGGCCUCCAGGCUGACCCCGCUGACCCUCCUUCUACUGCUGCUGCUGGCUGGGGACAGAGUCACCUCAGAUAUGAUCGUCGGCCCAGGGAACUUACAAGAAGGGGAAAGUGAAGAAGACAGCCAGAAAGGAGGUAUUCUCGACGGCGAGUCCAUUCAAGGCAACGAGGACUCUCCCACCUUGCUGAUAACUAACCUGACCGUCGUGCAAGCCAAUGUCACCAAGCCCUUCAGCCAGCCUGCCACCGAACCGGUCCAAUCAACCAUCCAGCCCACUGCUGAGCCCUUCUGCCCGGCGCCCGUCACCUCCUGCUCUGACUCGGAGAUCCGCUCAGCAGAGGUGGUGCUGGGGGAGGCUUUGACAGACUUCUCCCUGAGGCUCUACCAGGACUUCUCAGUGUUGAAGAAGAAGGAGACCAACUUCAUCUUUUCCCCCUUCAGCAUUGCCAACCUCCUCACCCAAAUCCUGCUUGGGGCUGGAGGAGAAACCAGGGUCAGCCUGGAGCGCCUCCUCUCUUACCCCCAGAACUUCAGCUGUGUCCACCACGCCCUGAAGGCCUUCACGUCCGAAGGUUUCACCUCGUUCUCUCAGAUCUUCCACAGCUCAGACCUGACCAUCAGGGACACCUUCGCCGACGCCUCUCAGAGGCUCUAUGGCAGCAGCCCGAGACCCCUGGGAAAUGACAGCACAGCCAGCUUGGAGCUCAUCAAUGACUGGGUGGCCAAGAAGACCAACCUCAGGAUCAGGCGGCUGCUGGACAGCCUGCCUGAGGACACCCGCCUCAUCCUCCUCAACGCUGUCGCCCUGAGCGCCAAGUGGAAGAUAGCCUUUGAUAAAGGCAGAACAAGCACAAUGCCCUUUCACCUCAAAUCCUCUGCCAUCAAAGUGCCCAUGAUGAACAGCAAGAAGUACCCUGUGGCGUCUUUCACAGACCGGACUCUGAACGCCCGGGUGGGCCGCCUGCAGCUGUCUCACAACCUCAGCUUUGUGAUCCUGGUGCCCCAGACCGUGAAACACCAUCUCCAAGACCUGGAGCAGGCUCUCAGCCCCGCCGUUUUCAAAGCUGUCAUAAAGAAGCUGGAGAUGACCAAGUUCCAUCCCACUCACCUGACGAUGCCUCGCAUCAAAGUGCAGAGCAACCAGGACAUGCUGGAUUACUUUGACUUCAUCUACGACGUCAACCUGUGCGGGCUGACGGAGGACCCGGACAUGCAGGUGUCUGGGAUUCGGCACCAGGCCACCCUGGAGCUGACGGAGAGCGGGGUGGAGGCGACUGCGGCCUCGGUCGUCUCCGUGGCCCGCAACUUGCUGCUCUUCGAAGUGCAGCAGCCCUUCCUCUUCCUGCUCUGGGACCAGCAGCACAAGUUCCCGGUCUUCAUGGGCCGGGUGUACGACCCCAAGGGCUGAGCCCGCCCCCGGGGCCUCAGCUCACCUAGCUGCAGCACUUGCCCGUCCCCGCCUCCCACCUCAGGCCUGCCCUCCACACGAAGGGCUCCCCUGGGGUCCCGUGAGGGGCCCGGCUUCCCUCCUCCCUUACCGUGACCCCUCCAAAGCACUUUUUGCCACUUUCUCUGGUACAGAUACAGCAGACUUCACAAAUAAAACCUGGCAAACCAUGA